CCCACCUGGCCCCACCCGAGCCCUGCCCGCCAGCCCCGGCCCAUAAAACCCCAGCCUGCUCCCCAGCAGGCAAGACCAGAGCCAGCGCCAUGCAGCCCAGCUUCCAUGGCCUGCGGGCCCUGGUGACCGGUGCAGGGAAAGGGAUCGGCCGGGACACCGUGAAGGCGCUGCAUGCCCGGGGUGCCGGCGUGGUGGCCGUGAGCCGCACCAAUGCUGACCUGGUCCACCUUGCGGAUGAGUGCCCUGGGAUCCAGCCCGUGUGCGUGGACCUGGGUGACUGGGAGGCCACGGAGCGGGCGCUGGCUAGUGUGGGCCCCGUGGACCUGCUGGUCAACAAUGCUGCCGUGGUGCUGUCACAGCCGUUCCUGGAGGUCACCAGGGAGGCCUUCGACAGGUCCUUCAAUGUGAACCUGCGCCCCGUGUUCCAGGUGUCACAGAUGGCUGCCAGGAGCAUGAUUGAGCGUGGCGUGCCUGGCUCCAUCGUCAAUGUCUCCAGCAUGGUGGCCCACGUCACCUUCCCCAACCUGUCCGCCUACAGUUCCACCAAGGGCGCAAUGACCAUGCUGACCAAAGCCAUGGCCUUGGAGCUGGGGCCGCACAAGAUCCGAGUGAACUCGGUGAAUCCCACGGUGGUGCUGACCGCCAUGGGCCGGAGGGUCACAGAGGACGCCGAGCUGGCCCAGAGGCUGAAGGAGCGCCACCCGCUGAGGAAGUUUGCAGGCCGGGACCAGGGCAGGUCCGGGUUCAGGUCCGGGUUCGGGGCCGGGCGGUGGCCGGUCGCACGUUCCCUGUCGGCCGCUGACGCCAUCGCUGCCCGCGCAGAGGUGGAGGACGUGGUCAACAGCAUCCUCUUCCUGCUCAGCGACCUCAGCGCCUCCACCAGCGGCUCCUGCAUCCUCGUGGACGCCGGCUACCUGGCCUCCUGA